AGAAUGGGUGCAAAAUGCAUAGAAAAUCCGCUCAACUUCCUUUCUCCGAUGUGCCUACCUACUUUCCUCACCUACCUCAAUCAGCUACUCUACACACUCAGUUUCUAUUUAGUAGAAAAAUUAACCCGCGCUACGCCAAAUUUGAGAGAGUAACAGAGAGAUUGAGUGGUGGGCGAAAUGAUGGGAAACAAGAGCAUUGCUCAGGUGGGCGUAGAAGAUCUGUGCAAGGCAGGCGGAUUAAGCAAAGAGGAGGCGAAAGAGAUCCAUGGAGUUGUAACAGAAGCAAUAGCGAAAGCAGGAGGCGAUGCAAGAGAGGUGUGGAGGGAGGUGGUGCGUAGGAGAGUGCUGAAGCCGUGGCACCAGCAUUCGCUGCACCAACUUGUCUACUACAGCGUCUAUGCUCGCUGGGAUGCCUCCGUUGACGGCCCCCCUCUUUACUGGUUCCCUUCUGUAUAUGAGUCUAAACUUACGAACCUGGGACGAACAAUGGAAAUUCAUGGUCCAAAGCUUUUAGGGACUUCAUACAAGGAUCCCAUUGCAAGUUUUAACCUCUUUCGGGAUUUCACUGUCCAACAUCCUGAGGUUUAUUGGUCAAUUAUUCUAAAAGAGCUUUCAGUUAUAUUUCAUGAAUCUCCUAAAUGCAUUCUGGAUACCGCUGACGGAUCAAGACCUGGGGGAACUUGGCUUCCUGGUUCAGUUUUGAAUAUUGCUGAAUGUUGCUUAUUACCCUCAAGUCAUCCCAGAAAAGAGGAUGAUAGUUUUGCAGUUGUAUGGAGAGAUGAAGGCAAUGAUGAUUCUGAUGUGAACCGUAUGACACUUAAAGAAUUACGAGAACAAGUAAUGUUAGUGGCAAAUGCACUAGAUGCAACUUUCCAAAAAGGUGAUGCAAUCGCAAUUGAUAUGCCAAUGACGGUCAAUGCAGUUAUUAUAUACCUGGCAAUAGUUUUAGCUGGAUUUGUUGUUGUAUCAAUAGCUGAUAGUUUUGCUGCAAAGGAAAUUGCAACCCGUUUGCGGGUCUCUAAGGCGAAGGCUAUCUUCACUCAGGAUUAUAUACUAAGGGGAGGUCGAAAGUUUCCUUUAUACAGUCGAGUUGUAGAGGCUUCUCCAUGUAAAGCUAUCGUGCUCCCUGUGAGUGGGAAUGAUGUAGGCAUUCAAUUAAGAGAACAAGACCUAUCAUGGAAAGAUUUUCUGGCCUGUGUCAAUCAACAUUCAAGACCAAAAUAUUACACUCCAACUUAUCAACCAAUAGAUUCUGCAAUUAACAUACUAUUCUCGUCUGGAACCACAGGAGAACCAAAAGCUAUUACAUGGACUCAACUUUCCCCUAUUCGAUGUUCUUCUGAUGCAUGGGCUCACAUUGACAUCGGAGUUGGAGAUGUUUACUGCUGGCCUACAAAUCUAGGAUGGGUGAUGGGACCGAUUUUACUGUUCUCAUGCUUUCUAACUGGUGCAGCCCUUGCUCUCUAUCAUGGAUCUCCUUUGGGCCGUGGAUUUGGGAAAUUUGUUCAGGAUGCAGGAGUAACUGUUUUGGGCACAGUUCCAAGCUUAGUGAAAGCUUGGAAGAAUACCAAGUGUAUGGAAGGCCUAGACUGGACAAAGAUAAAAUCCUUUGCUAGCACUGGAGAAGCCUCUAAUGUUGAUGAUGACCUUUGGCUUUCCUCAAAAUCUUACUACAAGCCAGUUAUUGAAUGUUGUGGAGGCACAGAGCUAGCAUCAUCUUACAUCCAAGGGAGUCAACUGCAGCCACAAGCUUUUGGAGCAUUUAGCACUGCAUCAAUGACAACUGGCCUAGUUAUCUUGGAUGAAGAUGGAGUUGCUUAUCCGGAUGAUAAAGCUUGUGUUGGUGAAGUCGGUUUAUUCCCUCUCUAUUUGGGAGCAACUGAUAGAUUGCUUAAUGCUGAUCAUGAGAAGGUUUACUUUAAGGGAAUGCCGAUACAUAAUGGAAUGCGCCUCAGGAGACAUGGGGAUAUCCUUAAGAGAACUGUUGGAGGCUAUCUUGUCGUCCAAGGAAGGGCUGAUGACACGAUGAAUCUUGGCGGCAUUAAGACAAGUUCUGUUGAAAUUGAGCGAGUUUGUGACCGGGCUGACGAAAGCGUCUUGGAGACUGCUGCAGUGAGUGUAGCACCACCAGAUGGUGGUCCAGAACUAUUGGUAAUAUUUGUGGUGCUAAAGAAAGGAUAUGAUCACCAACCAGAGAAGCUGAAGAUGAUAUUCUCAAAAGCCAUUCAAGUCAACCUCAACCCCUUGUUCAAGGUGAAAAUUGUGAAGAUAAUCCCAGAGUUUCCUCGAACUGCUUCUAACAAAUUACUUAGGAGAGUUUUGAGGGACCAAAUAAAGCAUGAACUGUCUGUCCGAAGUAGAAUGUAACGGCAGCUUCAGCAAGGCCUUGCAGCAUCAUAUACCAGAUACCAGCAAGAAAAUUUGUCUCCCCUUUGUGCAUGGAUGUGGAUGUGUAGAGUAUGAAAAUUUAGUAAUGAUUGGUUUUCCCAAUCUGUUGUCACUUAUCAUUGUUAUGGGCUCUGAUGAUGUUGGAUUAGACCUGUUAAAGUUAAAGAGCCACCUACGUAUACUUCAGAGCAAUGCAAAUUUGCUUUUCAGUUUACUAAGUUAUAUUUUCUAAGUAAAAAUAAAAAGUUUACAUUUGAAUUA